UGUCGUUUGCGUAACAAAUAGCUCUGAUAAAUACUGUUUCGUCGUGAUUAUUUCAUGUAUAUUUUAAGAAUAUUGAGUUCAACGUAUAAGUGCUAAUAUUCAGAUAAUUGUAUUCAAAAAUAAAGCAAAAACAAAAUGGGGAAAGGAUUCAAUAAUUAUAUGUGUAAAAAGUUCUUCCAUCCAGCGUCUAGAGAUAAUUUGAAACGGGUAUGGAUGGCAGAACAGAAAACAGAAGCUUAUAAAAAAAAGCAAGAAGAAUUAAGAGUACAGUAUGAGAAAGAGCAAGAAUUACAUGAAAAUAAAGCUCUAUUGAGUAAAGACAGUAAAGAUAAACUAAGUUUAAAUUUCAUGUAUGAGCCUCCACCAGGAGUUAAAAAGGAGAGAGAACGGGAAGACAAUGAACCUGAAUACAAAUUUGAGUGGCAACGCAAAUAUAAUGCUCCUAGAGAAAGCUAUUGCAAAGGCGACAAUGAAAUCAGAGACCAACCAUUUGGUAUUCUGGUCAGAAAUGUCAGAUGUAUUAAAUGCCAUAAAUGGGGACAUAUAAACACAGAUAAAGAAUGUUCGAUGUAUUCUCUGUCAAUGAGCGAAGCAAGAGCUCUUCAAGCCUCAGCUUCUGCUCCUGAAGAAGAAGAAGAAGAAAAACCCGAUGUUCCUACAUUGAUGCAACAAAUGAGAGAGACAGGUCUUGUGAUGAAGGCGGGAGCUAUGCCUCUUGCAGCUAAUAGAGUUCUUGAUACUGACUCAUCACUUACUGAAACUGAUCUUAUUAGCCAGCUAACAAAGAAACAAAAGAAAAAGCUAUUAAAAAAAUUGGAGAAACUAGAAAAAAAGAAGGAGAAAAAACAUAAACAUAAACCCAAACAUUAAAUAUAUGUUGUAGAAAAAGUACAAAAGAGGUGUUGCUAAAUAAUAGUUCUAGAAGUAGGAUUAUAUAACUAUAAAUCAUUUAUUUCAAUAAAAAGAAUAUUCUUACAUAAGAGAACAAUAUUUCACACA